UAGUCGGGUUAGAUACGGGUUAAAUAGAUUUUGUUUUGUUUUGACUUUUGAGAUUUAUUUAAAAAUUUAAUGUUCUCUUCUUGAUAAUUAAAAUAACGGGAUUAAAUAUAACAAACUCUUUAUGGUCCUUCAAAGAUGAUAUUCGAUUAUGAUUGAUAAUAUUGCGUUUAGUAAGGAAUGGAUGCUGAUAAAAACUCGAAAUCCGUUGAAAGUUUCAGUUGCGAGAAUAUAACUGCUGUCAAUGGAUUAAUACUAGAGUAUUAUAAAAAGUUUGGAAGAAAACGAGACCUGGAACAGUACUUUUCGCUAUCCACCGCGCAGUGUGAAAUACAAGACCCAACAAGCUCGUUUUGGCGCAAGAUGAAAGAAUCAACGGAUUCGGAUUCUGGUGAAAAGAAGAGCGAGUCAUCUACAGAAUUAUGCAGAAUUUCCAUUAAAUGCUCCAUUCCGGAACCCGCUAGUUCAAAGUACCAGAACACGAAUGAACAAGAAACACCAACAAUUUCUCCACCAAUCAUUAAUGAAAAUGAAAUAGGACAUUCUGAUAAUGAAUCAGAUGAAAUCCAUUCACAAAUAUCCUUGGAUGGAACACUGGAUAGAUCAACGAACAAAGCUCAUUCACCAACCAGCAGUGUUACAUCACAGAGAAAACUGGAAUGGGAUUCACUGGGUGAUGUUGGAUAUGCCAACCAAAGUGAUAAAAAGACAUCUGCUUCUAGUUUAAGUACUCUCGAAAGAUUAGCUUUACAACAGCAACAUAACUGCAUCAGUGAUUCACAGAAAAAUGAUCUUGGUUUACCUACAGCACACUCCACACCACUUGAACCCAAUGAAAGUAAAACAUCAGGAAAGAAGAAAAUUUUCAAGAAAACCACAAAAAUUACACAAAAGGAGGUUGAUUGUGUUCAACUUAGUAUACCACAGGUCUCAGAUAUACCAAUAAAUCUGAAUUUGACAAAACAUAUAUCAUUUAAUAUGGACAAAUCUGGGGAUGUGAAUGUUGAAAAAUCUGGGGAUAUUAAUGUUGAAAAUAUUAGAAAAAAUGAAUCAGAGGCACCUAAAAAACUGUCUGUUGAAACAGGCAUGACACAAGAAAUAAAAGUUGACAAAGAAAUUCAAACAUCAUUGAUUAAUCAAGAAGAAUCUAUAGACAAUAAUGGACCUCCACAUAAUAUCCAGAAAAAUGAUCAAAAAUUCCCUGUCUUAAUAAGUUUGAAUACACUCAGAAGAAGGAAUAUGCGGAAUGUGAGAAGGAUUAAAAGAAAACCAAAAAAUAAAAAACCUUCCAAAGCUGAGAAAGAAAAUAUUCCACAUGAUCACAAGGGAGAGCAAAUUUCUGAAGCAGAGAGUUUCGAGUAUAUGCCUGGCCAUGUAUACCAUUUGAAUCAAAUAAAUAAUAGGGCUCCACAGAUCAGAAAGGACAACAAAUCAAGUCUGGAAUCUAGUACUGGAAACACAACUGAAUCAAGCAAGGAAAAAAACUCAUUCACCAAAGACUUGGAGAAAAGUAUUAAUUUACUUAAAGUUGCUCUUAGAAAACGACAUGCUGAUGAUGAUUUAAAGAAAAGACUUAUAAAGGAAAUUGUUCAGAGGCUUAUUAGCUCAAAGUACAAUGAUGAUGAUGAUAGUACUGAUUUCUUAUCUGGCUUAAGCUUUGACAGCAAAAAGUUGGGCUUAGGAGAGAAUCAUACAACAACCAGUACAUCAGAUCCCAAUGAAACUACUGACAAAAGGCUACCCAAGAAGUCUAUACUACGCCAAGACAAAUUUGAUUCAAACAUCAUACCUUCAACAUCACAGAGUGUUCCUAACUUAGCUUCUGUAAAAGCUGAAACUCAUAUGAAUACCCAUUUGUUUAAGCCUAGUGGGUCUCAUACAGAUUCUGAUAUAUCUAUAAAAGAAAGAACUCACUCCUACCCAAAAACAUCUUCAGAAGAACUUUACCAAAAAUACACAGAUGCUCUUAAAAGAGAACUAGCAUAUAAAAAACAUUUACGUGAAAAGGAGUUAUUUUUGAAACAAAAAUUGGUUGGAUCUGAUACAAAGAUCAAUGUUAUAAAUCAAUAUGACAUACAGUCUCAGAAUAGAAUUAAAAAUCUUAUGAAAGAUUUGAUCAGAAAUAAUUAUGAUGAUGGGUCAGGUGAUGCAAGCAGGUUAGAAGGUGGUCCACAAACAAAUUUAAAUGUAUAUGUCCCUAUAAGAAAUCAAAGAAGCCAUUCUGUUUUCACUCUUUCUUCAGGAUCAUCUGAUAACCGUUCAAAAAACGUAAAAUUGAAAAGUAAAUCACACAAUGACUCCAAAGAGAAGCCCUCAUGUAGUAAGACUGAGAGACAUUGUUUAUGUCCUUAUUAUAGCUCACAUGGUAAAAUCGGUGUUACAGAUAGUUCUGUACAGGUGAAUAUGCAAUGUUGUGACAAAAGGUUAAUAUGUAAUAAAAAUGAAAUCAUUGACCAAUAUGAAAAACCCAAACCGUCACCAAGAUGCAUUUCUGACAUAAAAGACAAAAAUACAGCUGGUCAUUGCAAAUGUAUGCAUAAAAUUUUAGAAAUCAAUAAUGAGGGGUCCAAAUUAUUGAUUACUAAUUGUAAUACAAGUAAUUCAUGUGCUGUAAAGUCAAGCUGUGAUAAAGAAUUCUCUCUAAUUAAAAUACAACCUUCAUGUGGAUUGAAACAGAGAUCAUCAGCAAAGGUUUUACAUGGCGAAAACAUAGAGUUUAAGGAAAGCUCUAGUUCUAAAUCAUCUCAAACAAAUAUAAAUUUGGAAAUACCUUCAAGCAAAAAAUGUUGGGAGCAAGAUAAACCUCCUAUAAACAAGCAAAAGGUGGAUAUUGAAUUACCUAAUUCAAAUAAAGCUCCCAAAUGUGUGCAUGAAGGAAUUAGAUGGACUCAAACAGAAAUAAGUAUAGAUCCGAAAAUAUCAGACCCUGCUUUAAGUGAUAUAACUGCAGUAAGUGAUAGCUGCUGUGCAAAAUUAGUUGGUGAACAAUAUAAAGAGAUAUCCAAUAAAUCACUACCCUGUGGUAGCAAUACAUGUACAACUGGAUCAUCAACAUGCCAUAGCAAAAAUUCUACAGAAACGAAUAUUAAAGAAAUGAGUAACAUGAAGGAAACAAGUAAUAUGAAAAAGUCAUGUAAUGUGAAAAUGACACAUAAUAUUAAAGAGACAUGUUGUAUUGAUCAGACUUCACAAUAUAAUAUAAAUUUAGUCACACAGAGAAGUGAUAAAGAGGUACAAUCAACUGAAAACAAUUGUCAUACUGUGGGAAGCCAAGUGGAUAUACCAAGUUCAAACAAUUUCACAAUUCCGAUUCAAGGGACUAAUAUGACAUUAAAGGUUAGCUUGGGGUCCAAAGAAUUUCAGGAUGAUGUAGAGAAGAAAAGUCUUAUGAACAACUGUCUGGAUGUAAAAGAACCUACCUAUGAAACUAGGGAAACAUCAACAUGUAAACCAAAUACUGCUGACAACGGCACAUCAAUUACAGAAGAGUGUUCUAAGGCAACCCAGUGUACCGAUACAAAUAUAUUUGACCAAUAUUAUAACCAAACCUCAAAUACUACUCUAACAAAUUCUAAUAAUAGAAUCUCACAAAAAAAUAACAAAGCUGCUUCUGUUUUACCACAUAAUCAAAGAAGUGGGCAAAGACAUCCUGAUCAAAACUAUUGUGACAUUAGUCCACCCGAACUUAAAUCACCCCCUGUUUCAUUCAGCAAUCAAUUGUCUAGUCAGGAAUUGAAUUUUAUUAAAAGGAGUUGUUAUGACAAAAAUAUGCCUCAAAAUGCACAAAACGUACCUAUUGAUUUACCAAACAACCAGUUUUGCAACCAAAAUGAAAAAAAUAUUGGAGGGAGCUGUAGCACUCAUAUUGCCUCCUCUGCUAAAAUAAAUGGUGAUUGUUGCAAAUUCAACACAUAUCCAAAAUUAGAGUCUCGAAAACCAUUACUCCGUUCAAACACUGAUACUGAUAGGAUUGAAAAAGGAUCUCAUGUAACAUUUAAUAAACUUAUUGACAACCUAACAAAAGGUAAUCAUAGUACUAAAGAUGGUCAAGACAGAAAAUUUGAAGAUAUGAAUUGUAAAUCAGAUAAAUCAGGAACCAGUUGUUCUGAGGUGCAUGAAUCUAAGCAAUCAACAGACUGUGACACAACACAUUCAAAAUCUUCUAAAAGUACAAAUGAUAGUUCCAUGGGAAGAGAGGACCCAUUAAUUAAAAUCAUACAAGAUCUAAAACGCAGAUAUUCAAAGAAAGAUAUAGAUAAAAACAAAAGGAAUAGAUGUUAUAAGGACAUAAUUGCAGUUAUAAACUAUCUAUUAGAUACAGAAGAGAGUUCAGAUGAUCAAAGAACUUCCAGCAAUCAUGAAGAAGCAUGCACCACCAAAUGUGGGUCUAAAGUGAAAGAAAAAUCAAUACAGUCUCAAAACAAAUCGAAAGCUCAACAUAAGAAUUCUGAUCCUGAACCAUCAGAUUUGACAUCAAGUGAUUUACCAAGUGCAUCAACCAAUUCAACCGCAUACAAAGUUAUGAACAAGAUAAUGAAAGAAUGUCAGAAAUAUCACCAUAACAAAUGUAAAUCCCAUUCACAUAGAAAAUGUGAAGUAUCCAGUAGCACAUCAACAAAUUGUGAUAAAUGCAAGCAUGUCCAUUGCCACUGUAAAAGCAAGUGUAAGAAUGUUAAAAGUAAAUGCUAUGAAAAGAACAGUGUUGCUUACAAUCUGAUCAUACAGACUUCUGAUAGUGUAGUUAGUGAAGAUAAUAAUAUGUGCAUGGACAAGAAACGUCAGUUAAAAAACAUAGUGGUGAAAGUACCAUCAAGAUGUAAAAAUUCAAACAUGCCAUUUAAAGAGAUGUCAUGUAAAAUUGAAAAAAAUAUGUGUGGUGGCCCUCAAGCUUGUAGGUGUCAUCGAUCGAAAAGUUUACCUUGCCAUGACAGUGAUAUAUCUAGUACGGAUGAAAUACUUCGCAAGGCACAAGCGUGCUCUGUCAGAAAAUAUUUGGAAAGAAAUCGACCUGACUUUAUUGAAAAGUCCUCAAAUCGCCAAAGUUGUUUGAAGAUUUUGAAUGAAACGAGGGCAAACGCCAGGGCAGCCAAACGUAAACUGCUGUCACUGCACAUGGAAGACGAAGAAGCAAUGAGGAACCUCACCGAUUCAGAGCUAACAAAAAUGGCUGACAUUUUGAGCAAGGAGAUGAGGACUAAAAAGGUACCACCGAAAUUCAUAAGUGAACGAGAAAUGAAGAGACAUUCCGAGAAAAUAUACAAAUCGCUGCCCGAAGUUGUCCUGAAGAGGGAAGAAAGCAAGAAGGAGAGUAUCAAAAAGACAAAUUUGUUGAUGGCCAACAUGUUUAAGAGGAAUUUACAGAGAAAGACACUUCGGGGCGCUAUCAACCUAUCAAAUUAUAGUACUGUGGUAAAGUUUUGACAUAUCCGUGUUCGUCACGUAUAUUAUAAUACCUUUGUAAUGAUAUUUUAUUAUAUAAUAAUUAUUAUUAUAUUUUGUUAUCGUCUUAAUAAAUGUAACAACUUUUCUAAAA